CGUUUAUGAAGCUGCAACCCUUUUCCCUCGAUUACCCCCUACAAGAUUGUACGGCGCGGUGCUAACCGGGCCGUCCGCUUCUUCUUCUUCUUCGGUCGCUCUUCGUGCGAAGUGAAAGGAACUCACGGGGUUUUGACAGCUCGAUUGAGAAGAAAAAUUCUCCGUCGGGAUCGUCGAAAGAAUUUUUUCAUCCGAAAACGCAAAAUUACUGCAUCCGGGACGUCGCAGAAUGGUCUGAGUGGUAGCGCAAAAGGUAGACGCAGCCACUGGUAAUCCAUUUCGACAUCCUACCAUCGACGGCGCCACGACGCAGUGCACGGAAAACGGAAAGAUUCGUUCGAAUUCGUUCACUAUAGCCGUAAACGGCGGCUACUACAUCGAACGCGGAGAAAAAAUAGCAAACGGACGAACAGAUCGCCCAUAUUCUGACGGAGAAACGGGAAUCGAGUUAACCACACGGGGGUCAUGUCAUGUCAGGAAACGACGCGAGCACAGCAGGAUGAUCCGUACGCGUUCACCGAAUCGGCCCCACUGCAGGCGAACUCGUUGGUCUAUGCAAACCAUUCGAGUGCGGUCGGUACGAAUGCUGUCACCGUGGUAUCGAGCAGCCCAGCAGGGAUCAAAACCGUUCCCGCAACGAUCGCAGCGACCGGAGGAAGCGUGCUUGCGACAGGAGCAGGCUCCGUGGCGACCCUAUCGGCGAAGGAUGCGAUAACCAUUUCAGGGACGCGCGUUCUAGGGCCGCAAUCGUUCACCAUCAGUCGGGGGACCACGUCCCAGGCGCAAAUCAUCCCGCAGCAGUUGAAGGUGCGCUACAAUGGCGUUGUCUCUUCCACGGCGAACGGUCAAAAGACGCUGACUGUGACGGCAGCUACGCCGGUGUUUACGAAGCCGCUGCAAAUUAAGCAGCAAACGACACCGGGCAUGGCACCGGCACAACCAAGUACGGUAACGGUGGGCAAGCUGAUCAAGAAGGUGGUACCGCAGAAGUCGCCGCUGUUAGCAACGGUUGUUACUAGCAACCCGAAGGGAAUCACCCAAUUGCAACAGCAGCCGCAGCAACAACAGCAGCAGCAGCAGCAGCCACAAACGAUACUGCAAGCGACUCAGUUAUCGUCGUCCAACUCGCCUGUAAUUUCGGCUGGUAGCUCUAUACUGACCACGGUCACGACGCCCACCGGGACGGCGUUAAAAUUAAUCAAAAUACCUGCCAAUCAGCUGAGCAAAGCGACAGUCACAGGCCUCCAGUCUGGCAAUUUUAUACAGGUCGGCACCACUGAAGGGGCCCGGAAGUUGCUAGCCAGCGGUGUGAAUGUGGUUAGUGCUAAGCCGACCGUUACGAUAGCUGGUACUAGCAGUACACCGGUGACCGUUGCUGGCACCAACACGGCCAACCGGCCGAAUACAGCGACUAUCGUUUCGGCCUUACCCACCGGUGCACCGACCAAAAUACGGCUCAUACAACCACAGUCUCAGGGGAAGUUUUAUCUGCACACACCGAAUGGUACCACCAGUCUGGCCACCAGCACGACCCAAAUCUCCAAUCCCAUUAGCAUAGCAACCAUACGAAACUCGUUCGUGCGGCAGCAGCAGAUUAACGUGGCAAAGCCGCAGCAACUGUUGCAUCAACAACAACCGAAAGGUCAUCUGGUGCAGGUGCAACAGCAACAGCUGAUAAAACAAUCACCUUCACCGACACCAUCAGCGCAACCAUCUACUGCAGCUAACCCGGUACAGCAGCAGGUGGUCCAACAGAAGCCCAUCAUCGCAACGGUAUCCAAGCAGACACCGCAACAGAUCAUUGUACAGCCGUUGCUCAAGCAGGGUCCUGCCAAGCAGCAAAAACCAACGAUUCAGAUCCUGCAUCAGAAAAUUAUACCGGCACCGGCCAAGCAGGCGACGUCUCAGGAAUCGUUACUUACCAAAUCGGUGGAAACGACGACUUAUGUUACGCAGAAGCAAGGGCUUAACAUUCAGUUGCAGCCGCAGGUGCAGCAGCAGCAGCAACAGCAGCAGAAGCAACAACAGCAGCCGUCGCCACAACAGCAACAGCAGAAACAACAAACCUUUAUUGCGAAGCCGCUCCAAGCACCGAUUGUGCAGAACAAUCUACCGCAGACUCUGUUACAGCAGCAACCACAGCAACAGCAACCCCAGCAAUUUCUGCUGAAUGCAAAAAUACAAUCACCGUCCAUUAAGGUACAGGGCCAAAUUCAAACUCAGCAUACGCUGCCGCAGACACAGCAACCGCAGGGGUCACCUCAGUUACAGGCAAAGCAACCACAGGGUUCACCUCAAUUGCAACUAAAGCAACGUAAAGCGCCUCAAAUAGUAAACCACCAGCCUACUUUGCUGUUGCAACAGCAGCAGCCACAGCAGCAACCAAAGCAAAUGGUUCAAAAAACGGUUCCGGUGUCACUGCUUACUAACUCUACGUCCCAAGCCUCAACGGGAUCGCUCUUGAUAAAGACGGUUGGCACUGGAGUCGGCAAUCGUAACGGCAAACAGGUGGUUAACUCCUCCGGAGGGCAGCUAUUAAUGCCGGUGCGCUCAGUUGGCCAAACAAGCUUGCUUAUUAAACCGGAAUCGGUGGUCGUUCCCGGUAAACUUCCCGCCCCUUCAACUGCGCCAACACCGUUAAGAACAACGACGGUAGCAUCGGCAGCUCCUGCUACGGCACCGCUACCAGCGGCUGCUGAGAUUAAAGCAGCGGUGCUGAGUUCCGCUAAAACGACCACACCUUCAUCUUCGUUUAGUGCAAUGCAGACCAAGGAGAAGGGUGGAGUCGUGUCGGAGACGAAAUCUUUGAUAACGGCGAGUCCCAAGCCAGCAACUCCUGUACUGGUGAAAGUAGUGCCGUCACCACAGCCGGUACAACCCAACGCGACUGGCAAAGGAGCCGGUCGGCCAACCUCAUCAGGAGUGAGAAAAACUGCCGGUACCGGUCCGAAGAACAAUCCCACCGCAUCCGUUGCGAAGCAACCGAAAGGGAAGCGAGCGUACACACAGCGUGCCACGCAGCAAAUUGGAAGUUCGGAAAAGUUUUCAAAUGACAGUUUGGAAAAGAUCGCUGUGUCGUCUCCUGCUGGCCUGGAACCAUCAGGGUCCACUGGCGGUGGUAAGCUGCCAAUGUUUGGUGUUACGAAAGUGAAAACCGAAGAAGGAGUUGCUGCCGAAGCUGCGGAGGAUGAUGAACUGGAUGUGAAACCACCCAAGCUAAAGUAUGGUUCAGGCUACCGAGGGACUGGCGGUGGUGCCAUUGCCGUACCAAUCAGUCGCCCACAGGUACGUGAAUGGCAUGCACCCGGUUCGUACAUGUUCGAUUUGAAGGAUCCGGACGACGAUUCAGAAGAUGAGGACGAAUUCUUCGACGAAAGGCGUAACACGCUGUCGUUCUGGUAUGAAGAAUCGAUUGCGGUCGUAGUACCAGAGGCUACGACUUCCUGGUCGCUGAAUCCACCUCAGCUGCAACGGGCUGGUCCAUCGGGUGCUGGACGGGCGAACAAGGAGAAGAAGGUAGAACCCAAGUUCGAGAUCCGUACACUGACCAGGGACGAGCAGCUCGAGCUGAAGAAAGUCUAUCUCCAGCGGCGUGCGCUACAGUGUCGCAAUGGGUUGCGCGUCCGGAACGUCUCUGCUGCCAAGCGACGCUUAAAGGCGCUGGAAGCGCUGGUGAAGAAGCUGGAAAUUCAACGGGAACAAGCAUUGGACGAAGAACGAGAGAAACCGAAGUGCAUGUCGGACGGUUGCAACGAGGCAGCGCUGGUGAUGACCACACACUGCUACAGUCACAUAACGGAAAACACCAACCAGAGGCUAUUCCAGCGCUGUACGGCCAAGUUCUCCGACAAUAGUCAGUGUCGGGCGCCUGUGUUCGAUGUCACUCAGGAGCUGAUCCUGUGCAAGGAGCACGCCUGGAAGCAUGACAAUCACGACAAGAUGAGUCAGGAGGUAAAACAGAAGCAAAAGCCCAUGUCAACGACAUCGGCCACGGCAAUGGUAACGGCUACGGUAGCGGCGGCACGCAAGAAACCGAAACCACUGCCUCCGCCGGUCGUUGUGCGACCGCAGAAGCGGGCGAAGGUUAAAAAGAAGAAGCUGACCCCACUACAGCAGCAAAUGUGGUUGCAUCAGCAGCAGUACAAGCAGUUUCUGGGUAACAACCAGCACCAGCAUCACCAUGUGCAAUCUAUCCAAGGUAAUCAACAGCAGCAACUGCAGCAGCAACCACCACAACAACGCAAACCCAUUCAGAAGCAGCAGCAGCAGAGUUUGCUGAUUAAUGGCCAGUUGUUGAAACAGCAGCACCAGCAGCAGCAGCAUCAGUCGAACGUCAACCCGAAUUAUGUAGAUGAAUUGCAUGCUCAACAGCAACAUCAGCAGGCCCAGCAGCCCCAGCAACAAUCGCUGUUACAGCCAAUUCAGCCAGUAACAGCCUUCCACCAGCAGCAGAACCAUCAGUACGUCGUCAACAGUACCGGUAGUAUCGAUCCAAUCGAUCACAUUCCACUUGAUACCUCAGCGAAUAACACGAUCGGUGAUCCGAAUGUUAUUGAAACAUCGAUUUUCGAUGACCAGCAUCAUCAGCAUCAAUCUCAUUCGGCAAUCCACAUGGUAGAUCAGCAGCAACACAAGGAGCAGCAAAUGCUGCAGUCGCAGCAUGAUUUCCAACAGUUCGGGCAGCAGCAUCAGGUGACCGAGGACCAACUGUUGCUCGACUAUAUGCAGCAGCAGCAGGAGUUGCAACACCAGGAACUGCAGCAGCAGAUUCAACAACAGCAACAGCAGCAACAGUUGCAGUACGUGCAUGAUGGGUCUGUUGAUGUUGGUGGGGCUGUAGGAGUGCACCACCAACAACAUCAUCGCCAUAAUCAGGUGGUGAUGCAGCAGCCUAUGCUGCAAACGCCGCUUAGUCAGGACCUGUUGUCAGUCUGCGAGAACAGUUCAGCCUAUGCCAGUUCGGAAGAUACCGGUGUCGGUGGUUUGUCGGAAUCGGAAAU